AUGGAGCUCCAUCAAGGCCAAUUUGAGAGCGCUCUGAGUCGCUAUUUCUGCCGUCAGCCAACAGUGGAGUUUGACACAAAUUCAAACCUUCAUCUUUUCUGCAAUGACUUGAAAAUCAGCUCUGCAGGACAGGAGGAAAACCCAGAUUCACACUCCAGCAUCUGGUUGCACGCCAAGCAAGCAGAAGUCAAGACUUGUGGUACUCACUCAUAUGCAAUGAAUGCUAGAAAAAGACUAGAUAACUUGAAGGCAGGGUGUAAUUCACCUCAAACUUUACCUGCUGUGGACAAAAUUUUGUACAAUCAUAAUUGUCAAAAAGAUCUCUGGAAGAAAGAAGAAACAAUGGAAAAAGAGUCUGCUUUGGAUUCAGUGGAGCUUCUGGAUGUAGAUGGCGAUGUGAAGGAUGAAGAAAGCUGGUAGGUACCAUAAGAGCUCUGAAAGUGGGACUGAGUGUGGGUUGGAUGGAAAUAUUAAACCUUGUUAUUUAGAGCCAAAUUAAAACAAUAUUUAUUCUCUGAUAAAGAACAGAUUUGUUAUCUUUCGUGAUCAUAUUUCCUAUGAUUUACUUUACCUCACCUUAUUGUUUAUAGAAUUUCCAUUGUGUCUCACUUUUCAAAGGUUGUAUGAAUCUACAAAGAAGCAGGUAUUCGAAGAGAAAACUGAAUCUGCUCUGAAAUGGUGUCGACAAGUGCUGGAUAACCCCGGUCCUGAUGUUGAAGCAGCAUGUCGUCAGCUGAUACAUAGACUGGAUGACAGUAAGCAGGCAGCUCAGAGUGAAUCUUUUUAUCUUUUAAAAUUACCGGCAAAAAAAUGAAUGUAAACAUAAACUAUAAUAUAAAAUUAAAUGUAGCAAAUCAUUUUUUUCCUCUUAGAUGGGAGACAAAGUUGAAGGGUGUCACAGCUAAUACUCUGUAUUCACAGGAUCAGGCAGUCACUCCUACAGACGUCCUGCGGUUUUCCAACAUACUGCUGAUGUCUCGAUGGGCCCUCCUCUGGACAAAACAUCUGACAGCUUAACUCAACAUACCUCAGACAGCCGAGGUAAAAUGCUAAUAAAGGCUGGCACUGAUGAGUAAAUCAAAUCAACAACAUAAAUAAAUAUGGACACCCUUGAUGGAUAUUCAUCCUUACAUUUAUUUUUUAACUUUAUUAAGAAAGUGCAUGAGUAAUUUUCCAAUGUUUUCUUAAGAUACACUUAAUUUAUCUCUUACUCUAAAAAAAAAAAAAACACAUUGGUUUUCGCAUAAUGACAAGUAUUUCUAACUUGACUUAUUUAUCUUGUUAGUUUGAGAUGACUACACUGGUUUGCUCAUGGUUACAAGUCAACUUCCUCUAGAUUCCUCUAGAGCCAAAUUUUCCAGUGAUAAAGAGUAAAUUUUUGUUGUUUCCCUUAGAUUUCAACUUAUUUUUCUUCGUAUCUUGGGAUAAAAAUGCUGGCUAUCCAGCUAUGACAGACUCAAUUGAUAUGAAAUCCUGAUGAUCUAGAAAACAAAACAAUGGGCUGGUCACUCUGAUCAGUCAGAUCCUUUAAUUCCAUGCAGCCACUGACCACAUUGACCACUGCUGCAGCUCUGGGGAAACCAGUUACAACCAUCCGAUGUUUCUCUUGUGCAAAUGGAUCAAAAGCUUUAAGUCUGAAGAAACAAGAUGAGUGAGUUGAAAUCUUGAGGAAACAACUGCAAAUUAUUCAUUGUCCUGGAAAAAGGAGAUGAUAAGAUAUCUGGCUGAGUGUCCACCUGGGACUUCUGAAGAGAAUCUGGCUUCUGCAGGCAAUUGAUAGGUUUUUAAGUGUGUUUAAAACUGUAAUUUAUCAAAUAUAUUUAAGAUGUUUUUGCAUGAACCUGCACAGAUAAUCAGCCGAGCCCCUCCCAGGACUUCACCACUACAAGCUACAGACUGCAAGACAUCACAGAUGUCCGCACUAUGGCUCGCUUGCAGGAAGCCAGUGAGUGGAGGAGGUUGAUUCUGAUCUAGUUUGCCUUUAAUGCUCUGGCAGGUGGGAUUGAUAAAACUUUGGUCUAUAAUUUUCAGGUUUGAGGCAAGACUUUGUUUCCACACCAGCCACUGCCUCACCCAGGAGAGGCCCUGAGUCAUUACCAUCUCAUGCUGACAUCACCUCAGACAGCGUUGAUGAUCUCACUCCAGGAAGUAAAACGGAGGCUCCCUCUUCCUCUUGCUGGCAGUCCGGUCCGUCAUCGCCUAGUUCUUCCUCUUGUCAGUCUCCAGUUCCAGGAGCAAAGCAGGGCUGCCAGAGUCCAAGACUGGCAAGACUUCAGCAGCAAGUCACCCAGUUUAAGCUGCUAAAGUUAGCUCAGAAUCAAGGUACACAGAGAAGUCACACCAGUUUACAUCAUAUCUUUAUCUUUGGAGAGCUUUCAGGCAGCUGAAGAAUUAAAACUUCUUUGUUUUCCAGAGGCCCAAUAAAUGUCACCACUUUAUGACUUGGAAUCAAUUCCAAAAAAAGGACACUUAACAUGAAAAUGUGUCUAUUAAUGAAAUAUCUUUGACAAACCUUUGCUAUUUUUUUAAUUGAAAGCUCAUUCUAAUAGAUUAAGUAUGUAUUCAUUAAAAGUCAUUAAGGAAUAUUUUGUUACAGUUAAAAUUGUGUUUGUGAACUAGCUGUGACCCUGACGUGUUUUGCAGCAACAGCAUCAGACAGGACCAGAUCCCCUCUGCGGACCAGCCUCCGCUCUCUGCAGGCGGUCAGAAACAGCCGAAGUUUAGACACCGACAACGACCAGCCUGCGGACCAAAUCACUCAACCACCAUCAGGUUUGGAUUGGUCACACGUAGCAAUCAUUUGCAGACUAAACUUUGCCAUCCUUAAAUAUAGUUUAUGUAUUUCUGAAUGUUUUUCAUAUCAAUUGAAAUGGGUCUGCUCUGGUUGGGUGACCUGUGAUUGUAGCACUAGAACUUUAUCCAUUUAAAAGCCUUAAUUCUUUCAUCAGGUGCAUCACCCGUCACUAAAGGGUCAACUUUCUGGUCUCCAUCGCUAUCUGGAGCAUCUACAAGCACCAGCGGUUCAGUGGGAGACAUCUCAGCUCGGAUAAAGAAGCUGCAGAGGUCUCAGUCUGCCAGCCCCUGCAGGAUCCCCCAUUCUGCAAAAGGGUACCUGUCAUUUCGCGGUCGUGUUUUUGCUUCACCUGACAGGUCAGCCUCUUACGCUUGGGGCAGAAAUGUGACAUCCACUCGGAGGUGA